CACGUGUAUUAGCUAUCCACAUGGUAUAGUCCACACACACAAGACAAGCACUACUUUACAUCAAGCCAUAGACCCUGGACAAAAUUAGGUCCUCCGAAAACAAUCAACAUUCUACCUUACUCCAGGUAUUUCUUCAGUUAUCAUCUCUGAACUGUUUGAGUGCUUACUGCUGUCGUGAGGAGGGACUGUGCUUGUACCGUGAAAAGCUAGACGUCAACACGGAGGCUCCGUGGGAACCUAGCUAACACCAGUGGGGGGAAGAGUCAAGACAACUGGCCCACCAUCAAUGGGGUUAAAGCUCUUCUGAAUGCUUCAACGUCUCUCUGCAAGUUACUAUCUUCUAUCAUGGAGCUGAGCGUUGCCUCUAUCCACGUUGAAACUGUUUCACACAAGAUAACACUACAAGAAUACCUACAAGUGAAGAUUUCUGCACCAGGAAGGGAGGACUGUGAUGACCCAUUCUAUGUUGUUGACCUUGGUCGGGUACUGGAACUCCAUAGAGACUGGGUGACUGUCCUGCCCACUGUCACUCCAUUCUAUGCUGUCAAGUGCAACAACGACCCAGCUCUCUUGAAGACACUCGCUGCACUAGGGACUGGCUUCGACUGUGCAAGCAAGACUGAAAUCAUGAGCGUGUUGGAUAUGGGGGUGUCUCCAGAUCACAUUAUUUAUGCCAACCCAUGUAAGCAAGUGUCCCACAUCAAGUAUGCAGCCAGGAAAGGUGUGAAUAUGGUGACCUUUGACAAUGAGUUGGAGCUGUACAAGUUUCACAAACACUUUCCAUGUGCUAAGCUAGUGCUGCGUAUCAGAGCUGAUGACCCGGAGGCUCUCUGUCAGCUUGGGGUGAAGUUUGGCUGCUCAGUACCUGAAGGCAAAGCUCUUCUCAACAUUGCUAGAAGCCUGGGCCUGAAAGUGGUGGGUAUUAGUUUUCAUGUCGGGAGUGGAUCUCAAUCUCCCAGAGCGUAUGAGCUAGCUCUGAAGAUGUCUGCUGAACUAUUUGAGUACGGCUAUGAGAUUGGCUAUCAGUUCAGUCUGCUGGACAUUGGAGGAGGUUUCCCUGGAAACAAGGGCUCUACAGAGGUCUUCCAGCGAGUGGCCAGUACCAUCAACUCCAGCCUGGACUCUCUCUUCAGCUCAUUUCCAGGACUCACUGUCAUCGCUGAGCCAGGUCGCUACUUUGCCUGCUCUACUCACGCAAUAGCCGUAAACAUCACCAGCAAGAGGGUGUCCCUCACUGAUGAAGGGUGGAAGUUCAUGUACUAUGUCAACGAUGGUGUGUACGGUUCGUUCAACUGUAUCAUGUUUGACCACGUCACUCCAACUCCUGCUGUCCUCAAGGAAACCAGUGGUCCUCUCCAGCGCUCUAGUUUGUGGGGACCUACCUGUGACGGCUUAGACACUCUAGGAGAAGCUCUCCUACCUGAGCUGAGCAUUGGGGACUGGCUCUACUUUGACAACAUGGGUGCUUACACCAUCUCAGCCUCAAGCACUUUCAAUGGUUUCCUGAAGCCCAAAGUCUACUAUUAUGUGACAGAUGUGUACUUUGGAGAAUUUUUUGAUUUGCUCUGUCCUGAUGCAUCUGGUGUACCCUCCUGUCCUGUCCCUGUUGCUUUGACUACCCACAGUUCAUUCCCAAUAGAACUGGCCUUAAAAUCACCAUCAGUUGAAGUGUACUAAACAACGAUUUUGUGUUUGACGUAUAUACAUAAUAUAAUUAUACUGUAUGUAUCUCAAUGUGUGUGAAUCUGUUGUGUUUGAUAUUUAUUAUUCUCUGACAACCUGAUGACACUGGUAGCAUUAUUUACCGAUCACUGCAAGCUGUCUCCCACGUCAAGUAUGCAGCCAAGAAACAUGUAGAUAUUGGUUCUUUGACAAGGAUUUGAGUUUCUCAAUUUAUUUUCCAUCUGCAAAUCGUCUGAAACUUGGCCAAACUGAGUGGCCAUUGACACUGACUGUGACAGGCUAGUGCUGCGUAUCAGAGCUAUUGACCCGGAGGCUCUCUGUCAGCUUGGGGUGAAGUUUGGCUGCUCAGUACCUGAAGGCAAAGCUCUUCUCAACAUUGCUAGAAGCCUGGGCCUGAAAGUGGUGGGUAUUAGAGCAUAUGAGCUAACUCUGAAGAUGUCUGCUGAACUGUUUGAGUACAGCUAUAUGUGAUUGGCUGUCGGUUCAGUCUGCUGGACAUUGGAAGAAGUUUAUAUAGAGACAGAGGCUCUAACGAAGUCUUUCAGCGAGUGGUCAGUGCGAUCAACUCCAGUCUGGACUCUUUCUUUAGCUCAUUCCCAGGACUCACUGUCAUCGCUGAGCCAGGUCGCCACUUUGCCUGCUCUACUGACGCAAUAAACAUCACCAGCAAGAGGGUGUCCCUCACUGAUGAAGGGUGGAAGUUCACUACGUCAACGAAGGUGUCACUGCAUUCAUAGAUUUUGUGAAACUGUUGUGGCCAGAUAGCUUGUGUGAGCACAUAGAACAUGUAUGCCACACAAUAAAGUUGGUGCUGAUACACAUAAAGAUGAGAUCUGGAUAUUUAUCGGCAUAAUUGGGUCCCUUGUGGACAAUGAUGACAGUGGACCUCCUUCGAUGUGCCAAUCUCAUAGCCGUACUGAAACUGUUACGCAGGCAUGUUCAGAGCCACCGGCAUUAGUUUCCGUGUAUGGAAGUGCAUCUCAAUCUUUUCGUCUGAAACGUACGCAACCAUUGACACAUUAUCGUGACAAGCUAGCUAGUGCUGCGUAUCAGAGCUGAUGACCCAGAGGAUCUCUGUCAGCUUGCUGUGAAGUUUGGCUGCUCAAUACCUGAAGGCAAAGCUCUUCUAAACAUUGCCAAACCCUGGGCAUGAAAGUGGUCGCUACUUUUCCUGUUCCACUCACGCAAUAGCCGUAAACAUCACCAGCAAGAGGGUACUGCCCCUCACUCAUGAAGGGUGGCUACUACGUCAACGAUAUGGGCGUGCUCUGAGACGCUGGUACUUCACUAUACUCCCACUGAGCUUGAGACUUGAAGGCGUAGUCCUCUCUCAUCUAUAUAUCAUCGCUGGAGUCCUACACGAUAGUGUGGAGAAUGAUGGCGGGGAAACCUCCUAUGUCCAACAGACUAAUUUAAAACCGAUAGCUGCACUUACAACUGUUCAGCAGACAGACAUCUUUAGGGCCACCUCAUACGUGUGCAUGGGUAUUAGUUUCAAGAGAUCUCUCCAGCGCUCUAGUUGUGGGGACCUACCUGUGACGGCUCUACUUUGGCAACCCACCAUUGUAUUUUCCUGAAUAUUAUGUGACAGACGCAAACUUAGGAUACUUUUUUGAGCUGCUCGUCCCGUCCCUAUUGCCGUGACUACUCGCUUUCAAUUGAACUACCAUGAAGCGUACUAAACAAUAAGCUUGUAUCAAUCAAUCAAUACAUGAUUUCGAUUUAUUAUUAAUUUGAAGUGAGAUUAAAACUGGACCACAGUCAUACGAUGAAUAUCAUUAAAAUAG